UUCUUAAACUCCGUGCCUAGUUAAACUAUAUAACAUAAGUUAGGACGGAGGAAUAGCAUAUAUGGAGUUCUAGUUUUUUCUCCUCUCAAAAUCCUUUAUUUGGAAAAGUAUUCAAUUAUGGAUGUAUGAUCAUAUUCUUUUUAGGCAUGCUGUUGUGGAGGAACUAGCCGAGCUGGGUGCGACAGUCUACACAUGUUCACGUAAUGAAGCAGCGCUUAAGGAAUGCUUGAAAGAGUGGUCCGCGAAAGGCUUUAAAGUGAAGGGUUGUGUCUGUGAUGUAUCUUCAAGGGAUCAGAGAGUUCAACUCAUGGAAAACGUCUCCUCUGCUUUCGACGGAAAGCUGAACAUUCUUGUAACUUCUAUAACUUCUCCUCCUAUGUAGGUAUUGGUCAAAUGGCCCAGGAAUGGAGCCCAAAAUACUAUAUUCCUCUGUCCCACUUUAUGUGACACAUGAAGGGUAAAAAAGAAUUUUUCUUUGAUAACGAUUUUUUUAAUACUAGUAUCAGCCUUUUGCAUAUUUUAAAUUAUUAAUUAUUGUGACUUAUAGUAUGUAAUCUAGUUUUAUAUUGAAAAACUUGAAGGAUUUAUUUCCGAAUUCACACCGAAAUUAGAUAGUUUGAUUCUCUUGUACUCUAAAUCGUCUAAAAAAAAUGGGACGGAAGGAGUACCAUUUUGUAAUGUGUAUAACCGAAUAUAACCCAAAUUGCUAGCAUUAGUGUUUGUGAACUCGAUGAGUGGUAUGUGGCCAAAACCAUUUUAGCAGAUAUCCAAAGCCUAUUAAGCAUUAACAUUCUUUUUUAUUAAUAGAGUUCUUUGUCUGACUAUGUUUGAUUGAUACUGUUCUAAUUGAGUAAGUUUUCACAUGUGUUUUCAAAGUUGCUCUUGGACAUGUUUGAUUGAUACUGUUCUAAUUGAGUAAGUUUUUACAUGUGUUUUCAAGGUUGCUCUUGGACAUGUAUGCUUUGUGUUCAAAUUUUCUGAGCAAUGUUAUUGCCUUAUAUAUAUUUUAAUUAAUUCGGCAAUAGAUAAACAAUGCCGGGACAAACAUUAGGAAGCCCA